AAGAUGGAGGAGGAGGAGGAGGUGGAGGAGGAGGUGGAGGAGGAGGAGGAGGAGGUGGAGGAAGAGGAGGAGGAGGAGGGAGAGGAGGAGGAGAUGGAGGAGGAGGAGGUGGAGGAGGAAGAGGAGGAGGUGGAGGAGAUGGAUGAGGGGGUGGAGGGGGAGGAGGAGGAGAAGAUGGAGGAGGAGGAGGAGGUGGAGGUGGAGGAGGAGGAGGAGGAGGAGGAGGUGGAGGAAGAGGAGGAGGAGGAGGGAGAGGUGGAGGAGGAGGAGGAGGAGAUGGAGGAGGAGGAGGUGGAGGAAGAGGAGGAGGAGGAGGGAGAGGAGGAGGAGGAGGAGGAGAUGGAGGAGGAGGAGGAGGUGGAGGAAGAGGAGGAGGAGGAGGGAGAGGAGGAGGAGGAGGAGGAGGAGGAAGAGGGAGAGGAGGAGGAGGAGGAGAUGGAGGAGGAGGAGGUGGAGGAAGAGGAGGAGGUGGAGGAAGAGGAGGAGGAGGAGGGAGAGGAGGAGGAGGAGGGAGAGGAGGAGGAGGAGGAGGUGGAGGAAGAGGAGGAGGGAGAGGAGGAGGAAGAGGGAGAGGAGGAGGAGGAGGAGAUGGAGGAGGAGGAGGUGGAGGAAGAGGAGGAGGUGGAGGAAGAGGAGGAGGAGGAGGGAGAGGAGGAGGAGGAGGGAGAGGAGGAGGAGGAGGGAGAGGAGGAGGAGAUGGCCAGAACUCACAGGGCCACUACUCAAAUGGCACCGUUCAGACUUGAACAGAUCAGAAGUAGUGGACUAAUGGUGUACUACUGA